AUGGUUGAAGAGAGUAUUGGUUUCCACCUGCAAUGCAAGGAAAUCAACUUAUCUCAUUUGAGUUUUGCCGAUGAUAUUGUGGUUUUUACGGAUGGUUCUCCAAUGUCGCUUCAGGGUACUCUAAAGGUCUUUGAAGACUUCGCUGCUAUGUCCGGUUUGCAGAUAAACAUAGCAAAGUCCACAGUCUUUGCUGCUGGUAGAGGGAAGCAGGUACUAGAGGAUGCAUCAGCUGAUGCGGAUCUCUCCGUUUCUGCCCUGCCUAUUAGGUAUCUUGGACUACCGCUUACCACCAAGAUAAUGUGCAGGGAUGAUUAUGAGCCGCUUAUUACUAAGAAACCGGUUCCUCUCUUGGACGAGCAAAGCGCUCUCAUAUGCAGUGGAUCACCUAACAUCUCUUCACGUGCUAAAGUUUCAUGGGAGGAGGUCUGCUGCCCGUAUGAGGAGGGUGGCUUGGGCAUUCGACGAGUCUCUAAGGUGUGUAUGGUUUUCCAACUGAAGCUUAUCUGGCGGUUGUUUGCUCAUUCUUCAUCACUUUGGGUGUUGUGGGUUAAGCAAUACUUACUUCGUGAAGACACGUUUUGGGACGUCAGAGACACAGGUCUCGGGUCUUGGAUGUGGCGCAAAAUGUUUACAGUUCGGUUCUGGACAGACAUCUGGCAUCCUAGGGGAAGGCUGAUCGAAUUUGCUGGUGAGAUUGGUACACAUAGGUUGGGAAUUAGAAGAGAUAUGAAGAUUAAGGAUGUAUUUCGUGAUGGAGUGUGGAGGUUUCGCAGGUGUAGGGAUCCCUUUAUUCGUUCUAUGAUCGCUGAGAUUGAAGCUUCAAACAUCUGUCUUACUGAUGGUCGUGAUGCGGUGUUAUGGAAGCGAGGAGCUGAUGAUUAUGUCUCGAAAUUUGUCUCCUCUGAAACUAGAGCUGUAAACUGGGGAUCCCUCGCUAUGCUUUCAUCACCUGGCUUGCCAUACGAGACAAACUCUCAACUGGUCAUCGUACAAGCAUUUGGGGACAACCACAGGCUGAAGGUGACAGGAAAUCUGUUUGGAAGGGAGCCUGAUCCAGAUUGGGACAUAACCCUGUCUCGCCUGCUCACGGGUUCGUAUAAUCGUCACACUUUUAUCUUACUGAGACUGGUCUUGCAAGUGUCCAUGUAUCACAUCUGGCGUGAGCGUAAUGAGAGGAAGCACCACACCAGCAACAAGUUGGUAGAUCAGCUAGAAAAGCAACCUUCAUCAUCUUUCAUACCAAAUGUUGUCAGACAAAUGCCUGGUGCUGCACAUGCUGAUUCUACUACCUCUUUGGGAAAAUCAUCGCUGCCUUCUGCACAACCGAGUAGUACAAACCGAUCCAAAUCAAGUGCGGAGAAUGUCUACAAAUAG